AGUUGGGUCUCAAGCUGACUGUAUCCACAGAGCUGAUCUCCCUCCGUUCCAGGGAUCGAAGCCAGGAAGGGGAUCUAUUAUCUGUUUGUUGCUCCCCUUUACACUUCACAAUGUCUUCUCCUCGGAAAAUCAAGGAGGAUUUAAGCUCUGAUGAGGAGACCUCGGUGCAUCCCAUUCACUCCUCAGCUGAAGAUCACAAGAUCAAAGUCUCCAGUUUGCCUUUUAGCGUGGAAGCUCUCAUGGCUGAUAAGAGGAUUCCUAAGGAGAUGCCACAUCUACGUGGGUUGGAGGUCCCUGGGGCCAGCAGUAGCCCAAGACACCUGCAUAUAGGGGCAGUGAAUAGAGAAAGCCCCAGUCCUCCUGGCUUUACAAAAAGUUUUGAAACAUCUUCUGUGAAAUCAGAGAAUUCUGAAGAUGGAACAGCAUGGCCCAAGGAAGGAGGCAGCUAUUCUCCUCCACCAAGGCACUUGAGUCCUUCAACGUGCACCUUGAGAAAGCACAAGACUAACAGAAAACCCAGAACCCCCUUCACCACAUCCCAGCUUCUUGCUUUGGAAAGGAAAUUCCGACAGAAACAGUAUCUCUCCAUAGCUGAAAGAGCUGAAUUCUCCAACUCUCUCAACCUCACAGAGACCCAGGUCAAAAUCUGGUUCCAAAACAGAAGAGCCAAGGCCAAAAGACUACAGGAAGCUGAACUGGAGAAGCUUAAAAUGGCAGCCAAACCCAUGUUACCUCAUGGGUUUAGUUUACCAUUCCCCAUCAACUCUCCCCUCCAAGCAACAUCAUUGUAUGGAUCUUCAUAUCAAUUCCACAGACCAGUACUUCAGAUCCCACCUGUAGGACUAUAUGCUACCCCUGUUGGAUACAGCAUGUAUCACUUAUCUUGAGAACAAUACUAGCAUAAUAAUUCUAAAUACUCAUAAACACUCAGUGGGCAGUAUGUCAUAUGCACCAAAAUACUGUCUGAGCACCCCAAAAACUCUCAUCACGUGAUUCUAUAGACAGGAACAGUGGUGAUGGUACCCUGGAUUUACCUGCACAAUGUUUCAUUAGACUUUUUGAUCACCAACAUCUGUCGGCUGUAUCAGAUGCCAUGUGCAGUUCUGUUUUAGUGCUAUAAUCAGGGCCACGUCGGAUUUUAGGGGUUAUGUUCAAGGUCAGAUAGAUAAGGUGUAAGUAAAUAAUAUUGUUUUUUUUCUUUAAGAAUUUGUAGUAUUACGUGUUCAGCUUUUUUGCUGAAGAAUGUCAUUCUGAAUUCGGAUGUGUACUUCUAUAUAAUCAUAUCUGCCUUUUAUUUAGGCAAAAUACAUAGAUAAGCAUUUGAUGUAAGAUUAAAUGUACAUUCAAUGUUUCAACAAACAAACCUAAGAAAGUGUCUCUUUAUUGCCACCACUUCUUCUGAAGGCCAUAUAGGUGGCACAUUUUCAACAGGGACUUAUUCACUAAGCAGUGAGUUUAAGAGUGACUUGCAACAUUUUGGAGUUGAAUAUCCACUUUGGCUAUUUGUAACUUGGCUAGUGUUGUCUAAAUUGUGCAUGCCAACCCAGUAUAACUCACUAUUCAGUGCACAGGAGAGGACAGCUGAGUAUAAACUAGGAUGUCAGAUAUUUUUGAAGUAUAGACCGAUGUAACAAGAGGCUAUUUGG